UUUCCACCUUAUUGCUGCCGGCAGGACGAAAAUCCGUUCAAGGUGUCGCUCAACGGGAAAAUGCGGGUCACGUCGGAAUCGAAUUCCGGCCCGCCGAGCCGCACACCAUCCAUCAUGGACAGCCCGACGCUGGUGCGCGUCGAGCGUGCCCGCUUGCGCCAGGAAGCGGACAGCAAUGGCGGGCAGCGGCCGGGUAGCGGCCAGCGCGAGGACAGUCUCGAGCGCUGUCUGCUCGAUCCGAAGAAAUCGCUGCUAAUUGGACGUAUUCCAGUAGCGCAAAUGACCGGUCCGAUUAAACGAGGACUGCUCUGGCAGCAGCGUGACCGUCUUUUCUCUCGCUGGAAGGAAAGAUACUUCAUCCUAACACGUGAUUAUCUCAAUUGUUUCAAACGAGCCACCGGAUCCGCAUCGGAGAAGAUAUCCGACAUGGGACAGUUUAUAUUUAAGAUCAAGCUAGUCGACGUGGAAAAGGUGGAAUGGUUGAACCGGCGGUCGUACAGCGCGAUAGGCCUGCUUCUCGGCUCACGAGAAGGACGCGUCCUGUUGCGCAGCGACCAGGGCCUGGAGGAUUGGUUCGAGCUGCUGGAGGAGUGCACGCUGAGCAGCAAGGAGCGGCGUCGUGCUCUUCGACUCACGCAAGGGCCACGAUCGCGCGCCUCGCUUGCGGCCCCAGUUUCGGCGGCCUCGCUGCAGAACAACCACCUCGGGCUCGGCGGUACCUACUCGGGUGCGAUCGAGGAUUGGCUAAUGUCCCGGCACCAGAAACCGGGCGGACAACGCUUCAACCACAUCCUGCUGUCGGACUCCGUGCCCGAUCUGAGCUCGAUCAACGAGAACGGGCUGUGCAGUGGGCUGCUCACGAACCACUCGACACCGAAGAAGGUGCCGAACGCGCGCCACAACCUUUCGGGCGGUGGUGGUGCGUCAAGCAAUGGGUACAGCAGCCACAACGGUAGCCUGUACAAUGGAUUCCCGUACUCACCGCUGAAGAAGCUGGCGGACAACUUUGUCAACGGCAAUCACAGCUACACGCUGCAUGACGAUCUCGAGGAGGAGGUGGAGCUGCGACGAGGUGGACGCUACCGGGAAAAUGACGAUCUGUACAGAAGACCACUCGGUCCGGGAGGGAACGACAGUAGUCGUCAUUCGUUCCUCACCGAUUUAGAUUACACUGGUUGUGACAGUGGACUCGAUACGCCACCAUCCACGCACCGUCCAUCGAGCUGCCGGGACAACAUUUACUUUGCGUCGGCCUACAACAAUCACGGACACGGAUCCGGCUUUCUCGGCAAGGAUAAAACCACCGACACCGGCAUCAGCUCGUCCCGUGGAACGCUUGUCUCGCCGGCGAGCAGCAUUCGUCAUGGGUACGUGAAUGUACAGAACUUUAACGGCAAUAGCGCCAACAAUAAUCAUCUGAACAGUUAUGGAUCUCGCUACAGCGUCCAGGAGCAGAAGAUUCUGCGCACUCGCAACACAGAGGACAACAAAAACUCGAUCCGCUCGGUGCGUGCAGAGUUCUUCGAGCAGAGCAAGUAUAACAGCAACGGAAGCAACGGUGCCCUUGCCGCUACCAACAACAACAACAAUCACAUCAACAACAAUGGCAGCGGCCAUCAUCAUCCUGCUAACCACUUUCAUUCACAUCAUCACCACCAUCAGCAGCACGUGGUGGCACAGCAUCCGAACGGUACCGGUAGCAAUGGUAACAUUCACCAGCAUUUUAAUGGGCUGAACAACAACAACAAUCACACGGGCAGUACCGGCAGUACUGGCAACAAUCACAACAAUAACAACAAUGGCAACGGUGGUACACUGAACGAUCGGUCGGUGAUGCUGGCGUCCAAUGGUAAUAACGGGAGCGGAUCGCAGCGCGAUCGCUACCAGCAACAUCCGGCGCUGGCUGCAAUCAUCAACGAAUCGCAGGGAAUGAAAUUCAGAGAUCGUUCCUAUUCCGAUUGUCAGCAAGCACCACCCCGCACCCGUCAGUGGACCAGCAACACACCGAGUCCGAAGCGCAUCCCCUUUCUCGGCACUCCACCGACCAGAGUGUAAUUGUUG